GGGGGCCGUGAGGCACACCAGGCAGAGGCCGCGAACGCCUUGCAGAAGUUGGUGCGAGAGUUCUACCGAUAUAUUCGGCUCCCAGCACCUGCUUAUGACCAAAAGAAGGACGAGAAAGGAGAGUUGAAGUUUAGUGAUGGCCAACCUGUUUGGAAAGCCAACGUUUCCAACUGUGGAGUGGUCUUUUUGCGCGACUAUAAGAGAUACACGACGGCACCUUGGGCAGUUGUGGAGUUUUCUCGAAUGCCUCGAUCCCACACCUCAUGAAUGGGUUGUCAAACUAAAUUACUGUACCAAUUCGUAGAGAUUUGUAGCCUGUGGCUUUCCUGUUUCUUGAGGAAAUGUAGCCUCUUCUUGCAUGUUCAGGGUCAAGGUUAUCAGUCAUCAUUAAACAUGCUUCUUGAGGACCUUUUUGAUCAAUCUUUGCUUUGAACUUCGGCCCAGGCGCCCAAAGGCAUGGCGUGUCGUUUAAGCUUCGUGUGCGUGGAGUGCCGGCAAACGCCGCAGAAGAACUGUGACCGCUGUUGCCAGCCGAUCCCAAAAGAGGUAGGUGUACUCAGCGAGGCGGUGACUCGAGUGGAUGCACGGCGGGUGACGAGCUCGGUGAUGGGAAGGGGGGUGGAACGUCGCGUUGACGACCUGUUGAAUCCUGUGACUUGUGAUGUGGACAUAAUCAUAUGCUCAGAUUUGCUGCAUUUUGCUGCAUUCAUUUCCGGUGGUGUUCCGGAUGUCUUGCCCAAUGCUUUCAGGCUUGGCGAUGCUUUCUGGCGGAGAACCGUGCCGCUCUCCAAGCAAUGGGAAUCCCAGGCGAAUCGGCGCGAGGUUUACGCGCCAUAGCCCGUGAGUGGGAGAACUUGGAGCCCAAAGGCCUCUAUGAGAUGAUGGCGUCUGCCAAAUUGGAAAGAGACCAGUGGAGCCCGAUCCGAAAGAAGCACCGCGCGACCGAAAACGGGCUGCGAGCGCGGCUUUCAGUCAUGCUGUGAGACAGCCCAUCCUUGAAAAGGUUUGCAAGGUGAUCAGGUGACCUCCUUUAUCAUGUGGAGCUACCAGCAACAGGUUUGUUUUGGUAUGCUCAAAAGCGCCACAUGCUGCUGUGUCUGUGUUAGGCAUAGAGCCACAUCUUGGCACACCCAGAGAGGUCGCAGCGCUCAUAGAUGGCCUAUUUUACCUUAUUUCACUAGUGGUUGGUUGAUUCACAGAGGGGAUAUAUACCCCCCAGUCGUGUGCUUGGACCUCUCAAUAUCCUCAGUUCCCGGUGGGACAUCACAGGCGCGGGUGGCGAGCCCUCCUGCGGUUCGGACUGGUCAGGCAUGGCUUUGGGUCACGUCCAGCAGCACUCCCUACGGAUCGGUGCU